AUGACGAUCCGCAUCCUCGUCAACGCUGCGCUGCUGGCCAUCCCCAUCGCCGUGACGCUGGGCAUCUUGUUCGGCCUCCAAUCGCACCGAGAUGCCACGGGCCAGCCGCCUUUGUUUGCGCCUCAACCGCCGCCGAUUCCAACUCCUGCACCGCCGAAACCCCCAAAGAAUGGCGUCACCAAGACGAGAUAUUGCCAAAAGUCGUAUGGAAUUACACCAGAUACCACUGGGCAGCAGUAUAUAUUAAAUCCUAAUCAAUGGAACUGGAACGUCGGCGAUCCUGGACGCCUGUGUAUGAAUGUCACCACGUUUAACAACGGCACAUAUGCCACAAGCACUACCGCUCCUCAGUUUAUGGUUUCAUGGCAAUAUCCCCGUGGCCCAGAGGACAACCCUGUACACGCUUUCCCCAACAUCCAGAUUGAUACCGACGUCAUUCCCGCCACUGUGAACAGCAUUUCCAAAGUCGACAUCGACAUCGAAUGGUCCUACGGCGUCGGCAAUGAGACCACAACGUCUUCUACCCUCGCGGAUCUUACUGCCGACAAUCUCAACACCAACGUUGCUGUCGAUAUGUUUAUUGACAGCGAUAAGACGGCCGCUCAGAACCCUGCCAAGGCCAAGUUCGAACUCAUGGUUUGGUUUGCGGCCUAUGGUAGUUCCACUCAGCCCAUCGGUUUUAGCAACGGUGCUGUGUCCACCCAAACGCUUAAUGGCAACACAUUCAAUCUUUAUGCUGGCAUUAACACAGCGACCAAGCAAAACGUCAUGACCUGGUACACCGACACGCCUAUACAAAAGUUCAAUGGAGACAUAUCUCCACUCAUCAACAGCGUGUUCAAGCUCACCACUGUUACCGAUAUUCCCAAGUCUAGCGACUACUUGGGAUACCUGGCUCUGGGCUCCGAGGCCUUUUCCGUUGACAAGACCGUCACGCUUUACGUACCCCAACUCUCGAUAGAUAUAGAAACAUCCUCCACCUAG